AUGCAACAAGAAAGAAUAAUAGAAACCAAAACUGCAUCUGAUCAAAUGGACUUCUCUGGAUGGAAUUCUGACAUGGAGUCGUCGCUCUUAGAUAGAGCUGGCAAUGACAAUAACUGGGAUGAAACGAUGAAUGAAUGGACCGAGCUGACAACAUUUCCCACAGGUUCUUAUGAGACGGAAGCAAAAGCGAUCGCAGGAGUUGCAAAGGACAAUGCGGGAGGAAGCGGCAUUUCGGAAAACGAAAGUCUGUCGCUUCCAUCGUCAACAACUACGAGGGACGGAGUUGCUUCAGUGUCAGAGUCGUCCGACCGAUCGUCAUUGGGACCGAAGCACACAGGCGUAACAGCUCGGUCCAUUGCAUCAGGGCUGCAUCCUCAGGCAAUACAAUCAUCAGCCAUGUGCCCACCUCACAGCAAAAUCCUUCCUCCAAGUUACGAACAUAUAUAUCCAGCACCUAUGCAGCAACAAAACCAAGCAGCCAGCAACAUUUACGAGCUCAACCUGAGACGAGUUGCCGCGGCCGCUUCCGCAGGACCCCCACCACCACCUGCACCCAUGAUGCAAAUGCAGCAACAGCAGCAAAGUGGUGAUGUUUCUUCUUCUAUUGCCUCUUCUGCGCAACAACAAUACCAAAACCAAGCCUUGUUAUCAUCACUUGCCACAAACUUUCGAUUGGCGCAACAAACAACAACAACGGGUGCUGCUGCUUCAAACAGCAAUGGUCCACCCGCACCGGCACCACGCGCUGCAGCUUCCAACAAGCGAAAAUCUAGAGCGCGACAAGGUUCCACUCAGAAGAAUUCUCGCUCGGGUUCAUCUCAGAAAAAUAAGAAACAGCAGAAAGCUCAAGCUCCCCCAUUUCUGCUGUUUGAUGCUCCAUUGGAACUUCGCACCAGCUUUAAUCAGAAUCAGAGAAGGCUGGGCAUGCCAGUGAAGAAUGACUGUAAUUCCUAUCACUAUGGGGAAUCAGUCAAAGGAUUUCAUCCACAGCACCUUGGAUCGACCGAUGGUGGUGCGUUUCCUCAUCGAAACAAAGAACUAGAGAAAACAAUGGUCCAAUUGAUUGACGGAAGACAUGCACCACAAGCAACUACUGGCCGAAUCAAGAACGAGCGGGAACAGAAACGAGCACAAAAGAUCACUGUACUGAUUGAUCAACUUGGAGAUAUUAUGAAGGAAGGGGGCUGGAAUGUUGAGACGAAAAGCAAAUAUCAAACACUAUCCUCAUGUACCGAAUACAUGAGACAUCUCAUCAAGACGAAAGGGGAUAAGGAAGAAGCUGUCAAGAAGCUAAAAAAGGACUUGGAAAUAAAAAAGCAAAGAAUGGAGGAAGACAAGACUGCACAGGAAGGAAAAUCUGACCUGGAGAGCGUGACUUCCAGUCUGACUUCGUCAACUACCUGGUCCUCCCGAGUGAAUUCAAAGACGAGCCAAGGAGGUGCUCUUGCUGCUCACAAAAAGGAGCAAAUCUCCAGAAAUGAUGCGAAUCUCUCCAUCAGCGAAGACUCGUCUGGAUUCUCCAGAACCAAUGGAGGGCCUAAUCAGGCUUUCUGCAUCGACAAGGCAGUCUCGAGUGUGUCCGAUCUCACAGACAGCAACCGCGGCUCUUCUUCCAACAAUAGUGGAAGCGGUGGUAGUGGUACCAGAACUGGUAGUGGUGCUAGUGGAACUGGGAGCGGCAGUGGGGGUAGCGGAAGUAGAGGAAGUGGAAGUACCGAGCGAGAACCAGCUUUGGGCGGACCGCCAAAAGAAGCUGCUGUUCGGGAAGAAGACGAACGGACGACGAGUAGUAUUUCCAGUGACGCUGCCGUUGCCAGUGAAAAGAGUAGUCGGGAUCGCCACAGUGAAUCCCAACAACACACCCACAUGGAUGUUGUUUUCAACAACAGCAAAAAGAGAAAGGAAAUGAAACCCCCAGAGUCAGGCACUUCAACGGAACGAAGCUUCGAGUUGGACUACGAAGAGGUCUUUGAUCAAUCCAAUAUUCCUCAGCUGAUUGCCGGAACAUCGGGUAAGAUUGUGAGCUGGAACCAAAGCUUUGUCAAUGCUACUGGUCUGGAAGAAUCUGACUUGGAACGAAUGACAAUCUUUAGUCUCGUUCAGCCGGACAACCUGUCUAGUUUCUUUGAAAUUGCGGCAACAGCGCUUCGAUCCAACGACGAAGACGAUGGUGAACCGUCAAGUGAGGAGGUUGGCAAUAAGCAGGGCAGCCAAUCUUCCCAGUCACAACAACAAGAGACAUCACAAGAUGAAAGCCAAACGUCUCAGGCUUCUUCCUCCUCAAAGGAACAAGAGACCCAACGAAAAUGGAACUACGAUGCAUUGACAUUACCAUGCAUUGAAUUCCCAGCCAUGAAAGAACGAAGAGAAUCCAGCAGCAAAUGGGAAAAUGUUGAGAAACUCAACAUGACGAUGAUUCUCAUUACCGAUCCCGAUCCACGCAAGCGGUGCUUUCAUUGCACCUUUACGGAUUGCCCCGGCACCGAUGGCACACUGGGCAUUGUCACUCCAGAUCUCUUGGCGGCACUCUAUUCCAAUCCAGAAAAGCUGAAUUUGGAACAGCAUCCUCAUUACCGACGCAAACACAAGCGGGCCAAGAUCCAAGCCAAAGCUGCGACCAAGCAAAAACUAUCUAAGAAUACGUAG